AUGCCUCCCAAGAAGGGUAAGGAGCCUGUGGCCAAGAAGGCCCCAAAGACGGUCGAGGACCGAACUUUUGGUAUGAAAAAUAAGAAGGGAGGUGCUGCUCAGAGGGAAAUUUCGCGCAUGCAGGCGAACCUCAAGAACAGUGGCUCAGCCGAGGAGAAGAAAAAACAGGCCGAGAGGGAGGCUCGUGAGCGUGAGAAGAAGGCGGCCGAACAAGCCAAGAGAGAUCUGGAGGCUAUGAUGAACAAACCAGCGCAAGUCCAGAAGGUGCCCUUUGGUGUUGAUCCCAAGACAGUUGUGUGCAUCUUUUACAAGAAAGGCAACUGUGAGAAGGGCAAGAAGUGCAAGUUUUCACACGACCUUGCCGUUGAGCGUAAGACAGAAAAGAAGAACCUGUACAACGAUUCAAGAGGAGAGGAAGAUGAGAACAAGAAGGCCGAAACUUCAGCAGACUGGGACGAAGACAAAUUGCGAAGUGUUGUUUUGUCCAAGAAGGGCAACCAGCAAACCACGACCGACAAAGUGUGCAAAUACUUUAUCGAAGCCAUUGAGGAUGGCAAGUACGGUUGGUUCUGGAUUUGCCCUAACGGAGGAGAUAAGUGCAAGUAUAAACAUGCGCUGCCACCUGGAUUCGUUCUGAAGACCAAGGAGCAAAGAGCAGCAGAAAAGGCGCUUAUGGACAAAUCACCACUCAAGACCCUCACCCUCGAGGACUUCCUGGAGUCCGAGCGACACAAACUCACCGGUACUCUCACGCCAGUCACUCCCGAGACAUUCGCGAAGUGGAAGAAGGAUCGCCUCGACAAGAAGGCAGCCGAGGAGCAAGCCCGCAAGGCCAAGGAGAACACUGGUCGUGCUCUGUUCGAGAGUGGCAAGUGGAGAGAUGAGGAGGACUCCGAUGAUGAUAAUGACGAUGACGAUGUCUGGAAUUUGCAGAAGCUUCGUGAAGAGACAGAGGCUGUCCGUUCGAAGAAGGAAGAGGAGCGUCUGCUGGCAAGCUAUGAUACUCCUAAUAAUGGCACCACGGGCCAGGCAACCCCAGCAGAGGAUACUCCAGCUGAGACAGCAACCGGUUCUUGA